CCGGGUUAACCGAAGCCAUGAACACCAGUGAGAAGGGUGCGAUCGAGCAGAAUGCAUCCAAUCGAGUCUCUGGGGCCAUGUCACCCGACUCGACCACAUCCCUGGGAACACACAGGAGCCGUAAGAAGCGCUUCCGGAAGCACAAGUUCUCCGCAGACACCCCACCCAAGGAUCACACGUCCUCGGAGUUUGGUGGUGCAUCUCCCGCACGAAAGUCGAAAAAGUCCAAGUGGCCGCGCAAGGCCACCGGCGACCUCUCACCACAGGAGCAGCCGGAGCCGGCCACACCUUCCCGACCGCCACCAGAGAGCCCUCUGGCAGCAGCUCCCGAACGGGCUCAGGUCGAGCCUUCAAAAUUUGCUCAGGACGAUGUGGCGCGACCAGGGGCGUCAAGUCCGCUGAUGUCAUUCCCGCCAAUUGGAGCAGCAGAGGGCGUACAAUCGCCUGAGAGGAUGGCCGGGGCCUUACCGUUCAAUGAAGAGAGAAGCCAGACAAAGAUCGUCCUACCCAUAAUUAUAGCUGUGGCCAUUCUAGGCGUUAUCGCAGCCCUCAUCUUUACCAUGGUUGUACGUGGACACCGCGGUUUCAAGCAGGCCUAUGUGGGAGGCACUGGAGUCGCAAGCAGCACGAUUAUGCCAGUGAAAACCAACGCUUCCUCCAUGUUUCCAUGAAAGGCUAUUGCGCGUGAAGUCUCGCCCGAAUAGCAUACAUGGUAGCAUUGCAGACAAAAGUGGACAUCAGACUGUUUCUCGUGAUGUUUCUCUGAUGCCUCUGUGUUGUUUACUCGCAUUUCGCCAAAGUAAUGAGAACAUUUUAUAGAAACGCAGGAAUGCUUAUUCUGAAAAAGAUAACUGUUCACCUCUUGUUUAGCGCCUCCACUCUUUAAAAGACCGAAGCAGUUACUACCUAGUAUUAUACUAUUUGCUACCUUAGUGUAAUUGCAGUAGGUAACGAUAGAGUUUGUAACAUUAUUUCAAUUCCUUCAUUGUAUAUACAGUGAAGGCCCGAAGGUAUUACGCAAGGAGGGUACAAAUACAGGUUAGCACAACGGGUUUCCAGAAGGCAAAAAAUAAACAGAAGUGAUGACAGUACUUAUACUAGAGUAAGUAUGUAUUUAUGCAUUUCACUAUGUUCUUAACACAUACAAAAUAGAUUUGCUGAAUAAACAAGGUAGGUCGCAACUACUGUUAAGUCUCGGCUACCAAUUCCAAACGCAGUUAGGACAAACGGGGCCAAAGUUUUAGUCUAUAAUACAUAUGUCGGACCCAAUGCGGAAUACACCACAGCUGAUCCGAUAUACGCAGCAGAUGUGAGCACCUUCGUAUUAGAUGGUGCUAACUGCGCUUGGAAUUGGUAGACGAGGCACAGUAGUAAGUGUGACUAACGCGACCACCUUCUUAAGUAAUCUUAUUGACUACAUCGUUACAAAAUUCAGCUAUAUUAAGGUAACAAAUGGUGGGACACAAUGCAGGAACUACUACAAUCUGUUACUAAAGUACAUAUGUUCAUCAGUGAACUUAUCCAUGCGUACUUACGAAGCUUACAAAGUGCAGGUAUGCAUAGAUAC